CCGCGCGAUGAAGCUGAAGAAAAGGCCGCGGCGAUGCACGCCGUCAACAGCGCGUCGCAGGUGCUGAAUGAUUUGAUGCGCGCGGGGUGGAAGCAGCCGCAAGGCAAAGUCACGAAGAAGACGACGGAGGGGGCGGCGGCGGCUUCGGCAGCGUUGAAGGCGCGGAAGGCGCUGGCGGCACUAAGGAAGGGGACGUCGAACAAGUUGGAGAUUGAGCGCGCUGCGGUGAAUGUGGUGGGGAAGUUGAUAGCGCUGGAGAUGUUCGACGAUGCUUUCACGAUCAUUGAGGAAAUUCAUCCUCAAUUAUGCGCCAUUCUCGACACGACAAGUCCGCCAGCAGCCGCUGGUGGCUUACAUCUACUUUCCCUGGAUAUCCCUCCGGAUAAUGCUCUGGACGACAACGUUAUAAUGCUCACGACAACCUACCUGCUUUAUGCACUCACCACCAUCUCGCGGCGCAUGUUUAAUGCCAAGAGCGCGACAAUAGCUGCGUUCUCACAAGCUCUCCACGCACAACCUACUCUGAUCGCCUGGCGAGCCGUGCUUCCAUCUUCACUAUCCAAACAUGCGGACUCGUUAUUGACGCGCGCGUACACCGCGCUCACCCGCGGCAUGGCCGGGAUCGAGAUGGACCCACUACCCGCGUUGGAGAUCCGCUGCUAUGCUUUGACAUGCCUGGCCCUCACCACACCCAACACCGUGGAUUCGUCAACUUUCUGGGGUCACGUCAACAAGUGCUUGCUGGAAUACGCCUCAAGAUGUACCACCGAGAAAGAUGGCUAUUCUGCGGAGUCGGUGCUCCCCCGGAUCGCUGCAAUCGUUAGCCAUGCAGAAGGCAGGCCGGACGCCAAUGAAUUCAUGAGCGGACCCAAGUAUCUCGGUUUCUGUGAGACCUGGACGUCGUUCGCAAGGAGGGCUGGCGACCUGUCUGCGCUCGAGCGCAUUUCGGCUUUGUUGCAUUCGUCAGAUAGUAGUGCCUCUGGGCCGACAACCGAUGCGAGCGAAGUCAAGGCCUCCAGUCAAGACGCGGCCUCCCUCUGCACGCGACUGGCGCAGUUGACGGUGUGCUUAGAGUCCUCUGUGCCACAAGCCGACCUCGCAGAUCGCAUACAGGAUACAAUAUCGCUCUUGCAGGCACCAUCUCUGGUACAAAUGCUCGCAGAAUCGCACCAGGACGAAACCGGGCGAGCGUAUCGUAAAGUUGACAAUGCGGUCUCUCGACUGCUGCAAAGCGCUCUCCGUAUCGCAGACGUGCCGACUCGUUCUGGACCGCCCAGCGACCUCGUAGCAGUCGUACGCUCGUUGCUUCGCGCUAUCGUCUCGGUCAUGGAGAUUGUCGUCGCUCGCAUACCAUCCGACACCCGCGGCGCGUUGAUUGCGCGCGUCCUAGAAACCCUCACCCUCCUCGCGCGUACGCAACUCGUCGUCUUGGACCCGCGUACCCACAUGGCCUCCCACGACUGCCUCGAGCGCGCCGCCAAGCUCAUACAAGCGCAAGAACCCGGUUCAGAAACAGCGAAGUACCUACGAUACCUAUCCGCGGCGCUUUACAACAUGGGCGCAACCUUGUUCAGCGCCUCGCAGCAUAGUGCAUGCAUCACGUUCCUGCGGGAUAGCUGUGAGCUCGGGCGGCAGGCGGUCGAGAUGCGCUCGGGCAACGAGGAGGCGGAUGAGGGGUGGCAGCAGCUGGAAGAGCAGCUGUACCGGCGGUGGGAGAUACUUGGCAUCUGUCAAUCGAAGGCUGGCAAUAGGAAGGCCGCGAGCGACGCGUUCAAGCAAGCCAUCAGCUCGUUUCCUUACGAUCGCUCAAGAUUGGCGGAGGUACUUGGUGGCACGACAGCUUCGGAGGCGUUUACGGCGUCUGACUCGCUCAAGCACCUGGCCGCGAUCGUGGACCGGGUGACCUACAUCGGUGCUUGCGAACUGCUCCUGCAACCGCAAACCGUGUCGCUGAGAGAUAUCGGGCUUUGCGACGCUGGUAUCGUUGGCGCUUUGUUGGAGCGCCAGAUCCAGAGCCUGGCAAGUUUGCGAUGGAAGGAGUCCGUUCGGGCGAUCGUGCGGCACCUCUUGCUCGAGCUGCUGGACGUUUACGAGGAGGCACUUAUGCCUCUACGUAGGAUACGGACUCUGUUGAUGUGUCUGGAGUUCAAGUAUCACUGCAACCCUGAGGAGGGCUUUGGGUUCAAGUCACCUUGGGACCUGAGUGUGGAGAUUCAAGGUCUGCUCGCGUCGGAGACGAUGGCGCGCGACGUUGGGCUCCUCACGUUCACUGCGCAAUACCGGGCCAUGACCCAUCUCUGGUUAGGUCUCCUCGCGCACCGCCGCGCCGACCCCGAGCAGAUCGACCUCCUGGUGUUCCACUCCGAAGAGGCCACCAAGAUCUUCCGCGCCUUCAUCUCUACACGAACCGCGGAGAACUCGCCGAAAUCGACGUCGAAGGCCGGAAGUGCAGCCAAGUCCUCCGCCACCAAGAGCGGCGGGUCCAGACGCAAAGUGACGACCUCGAGGAUUGCCACCCGCACGGUGCCGUCGAAGAAGAAGCCCGCGCCACCUCCUGUUAACCCGGUCACACCGAAGGCGAAGCCGUUGCAGGAGCUGUCGCUCAAUGUGAAGACACCGCCGAGGCCGGCGGCUAAUACGAAGUCGCAGCAUGCGCUAGUGUUUGAUGAUUUCGGAGGAUUGCUUGAUUUGCUACGCUUGUUGUGCUCGGUGCUCAACCUUCUGGGACUGACGUUGGUCAAGGUGCGAGUCCUGGACGUUGUGCGACGGCUUGCGGAGUUGAAGCUGGGUCCGUAUAGUGAUGACUACGCGAAUGCAACGACCGAGCUUGCUUUCGAAUACUUUCGCCUUGGCAAGUACACUCGUGCGAAGACGAUGUUCAAUCGCCUGCGCGAAAGUGCUACCAUGCUCUCGCCUGAGGUCAUGAUCAGUCUCUUGCUGCGGUAUGCUGGGGUUUUGGCAGAGUUGGAGGAUGUCGCAGCGAGUUCUGCAGCCUACUCAACGGCACUCGACCUAUCCCAGUCGCUACCCUCCGAAACGAAAGGGCUCCCGCCGCGGCAACUGAUGCAACAUCGCCUUGAUAGUCUGGAACGGGCGGCUUUGGCGUCCAGGGUCUUUUCAUUGAUACAGCUGUGCAGAAGUGAUGUACCUGCAGCCCUAGAUGGCCUGUUACGAAGCUUGCAACUCCUCAACCGUGCCAUGGAUGGAUUCAUGCGCUUCUACGCAGCCUCGAAGACGAAGCCCGUUGAAGAAGACAACCCGUUCCAAGUUGCGCAAGCAGACGACGCCGGCCCCCCAGGCCCCGACUCUUCCUCCAAAGCAUCGUCCUCGCGCAACUCGUCCUUGGGAAGCGACGGCUACCGCGUUGCAGAAGCGCAGCUCGACACAUUGUUUGCUCUGAGCGCGGCCUAUCUGUCUCGCGGAUCUGCCAGGGAGGCCGAGUACUUCAUCAUCCAGGCACUCGAUCUUUCGGAGUCGUUGAACGCACCGCCCAUGGUCAGCCGCGCCCUAGCGAAGAAGGGCGAGAUUCUGCUGCUGUUAGGCGAUCUCGAGAACAGUCACGACGCUCUUAUGCAAGCUACUCAACUUCUACCGACGAUCACCGGCGAUGACGCAGUUGACCUAAGGAGGCUGCAAGGCGACUAUACCCAGCGUUCGAACCAGGACGAGGGCGCGCUGCAGUUGUACGAAGAGGCUAUUGCCAUGCUGGAGGAGUUGAAUCAGACCUUCACCGCGUUGGACGGUGUUGCUUUCAGCUCCAGGAAAUCCUUGGAUGCGACACGUACUCCUCCGCAGGAAUCUGUCUUCCCUCAGCUUCUCUCUGCGAUCCUUGCACGGCAUUUGUGGCUUCUGCGGGACAAUGACCACGAUGGCUCUGAAGAAAUGAUGGACAAACUGCGUACGCUGUCCACCACGGCGUUGAGUAGCGCGGAGAUCACGGCUCUUGAGGGUCGCUUGGCGCUUCACGAGAUCUACUCGCGCUUCCGCUCAGACAUGUUCUUGAGCUCCAUCGCAGAGUCCACCAUCGCAGUGCCCAUGGGCAUGUCUUGCGACAAGCCGUUGCCCAUGUUGCCCUCGACACAGGACUUACUCAAGCUACUGCAGCAUGCAGAAGGCUUGUUCUGGUCGGACCUGAACUCCAUGAGCAAGAAGGGCACUGUCUCGCACGUUCGUGAGGCUGCCAUCUCGCUGGCCAUCGUUCGGGCGCUACAGACGUCGUUGGGAUUGGUCGAUGAGCAAGGCUCCGCCCUUGCUGGCCGUCUCCUCGAUACCUCGACUGCAGUCACCUUGAGGCGAGAAAUGCUGGAGGUCAUUGCGCAAAAGUUCCCUGAUUACGAUGCGUUCGACGACCUGCAGUGGCGUGAGGUGUCCAAGGAUGGAUCCGCCAAGGCUUUUGCGAAAGCCGCACCUACACGUAUGUUCGCCAACAUGUCUCUCGACGACGACAGCAUGAGCGACGACGAGGACAACGAGGAACGCGCGCUUCGUGAUUACUGGGCGCGAGUCAAAGCGCGGUAUGACGCUGCUGGCGUCAGUCCGGAGACGUCAGUCUUGUCGACGCAGAGUUUCCCAAGCAACUGGACCAUCGUCCAUAUUGCCGUCACUGAGGACAAGCGCACGUUAUUCCUCAGCCGGCAAGAGGGUGGCGAGCAGAGCGAACCCCUGGUCUUCUGCAUCCCGCUACAAGGUCGACGCGACAAUGACGAUGACGAGGAGUACCUCUCUUUCGACGACGCGCUGUCGGAGAUGGGCGAGAUUAUCCGCUUGAGCAACGAGUCGACGAAGAGCGCAGUCAACAUCAGGAACGAUCCCGAGGCUCGCCAGAACUGGUGGAAGGAGAGGGCUGGCCUAGACACACGAUUGAAGGAGCUACUGCAGAGCAUCGAAUUCUGCUGGCUUGGAGGAUUCAAGACCAUUCUAGGCUCUCGCCUCAAUCUCACGCCAGAGGCGAUCGACAACCUUCGCAAGUCGAUUGAUAAGGUCUUCGACGAGAACCUCCGCCUUCGCGACAAGAAGCCCAAAGGCAAGGCCCAUCGGAAGACCGCCUCACAGAGCCAGAACCUCCGGAACGUGCAGCUCGACGAUCACAUUGUCGAGCGCAUCGCCGCGCUCGGGCCCAAAUGCGCUGACGAAGAACUCGAGGACUUCGUCUACUUCAUCCUCGAUCUCUACCAAUUCCAUGGCGUGCAAGUGUCCAUCGCCGAGGUCGACAUCGUGCAAGUCAUCGUCGAUCUGCGCGCCGUGCUCGAGGAAGAGUCCACGCGCGCGCGCUUGCGGGACGCCGGGCGGACGCGCUCGAGGCAGGAGAUGUCGGAGGCGGCUGGGGGCGGGGAGCACCUCUUCCUCGUCCUCGACAAGAACGUGCAGGGCAUACCCUGGGAGAGCAUUCCCAUCCUGCGCGGGCGGAGCGUCAGUCGGAUCCCGAGCCUCGACUUCUUGAUCGACAGGGUGGAGAUGGCGAAGCUGAGGAGAGGCGGCGAGGGCGAGGCGGUCGAUCGUGCUGUCGUGGAUCCGCGGGAUGGGUACUAUGUUUUGAACCCCAGCGGCGACCUUGUCGGCACGGAGGGCCGCUUCAAGGACUGGGCGCAGCAGAUGAAGGGCGUCGGUUGGGAUGGAGUGAUUGGGCAACCGCCGAGCGAACAGCAACUCUUGAACGCGCUGCGGCAACGGGACCUUGUUGUGUACUUCGGCCACGGCGGCGCGGACAAGUACGCGCGCUCGCACAAGAUCCGGCAGCUCCCGCGGUGCGCGGCGACCAUGCUCUGGGGCUGCUCCUCCGGCUUCAUGAAGGACAUGGGCGACUUCGACCGCGUCGGGAUACCCAACAACUACAUGCUCGCGGGAUGCCCGACCCUCGUCGCCAACAUGUGGGACGUGACCGACCGCGACAUCGACAAGUUCACGCAGUCCGUGAUCGACAAGAUGAAGCUCGUGCCCAGCCACGCGAAGCGGUGGGACGCGAGCAGGCAGGGGAGCACGUCGGUCGUGGCUGCGGUGGCGCAGUCGCGGGAUGUGUGCAAGUUGAAGUAUCUAACGGGUGCGGCGCCGGUGGUAUAUGGGAUACCGUUUUAUCUAUAGAGAAGUUUGCGAGGAUUGUAUGGCAUCGGCAGUAUAUGCACACGUCUAUUGUGUUGAGGAAGCUGU